AUUGAUGAUCUUCAAUAACAACUGUUUUGAACUUUGAACUUGAACUCUGUGGACAGAAGCAAAACCAGUACCAAGGUCAUCUAAACAACCCUCUAUGUAUAAAUAGCAGCUGCUACAUUGAUUCCUCAAACCACAUAAGAGGAUUUCAACUUUGUGCAUUUCAAGUCAUAAGAAGACAAGAUGGUUUUGGCAAGUUUCAUAUUUGCAUUUCUACUUGUAUCAGAACUUGGCACUGACAAGGCGUUUAGUCAGGUGUCAUCAAACGCUGUAUGCUCAUGCCAAGAAGCAUACACUUUUGAAGACGGCAUGACAACAGUUGUCCUGCAACUGCCCAAGUCCAGCACAACAGUUAGCACUGGUAACCAAAGUCUCAGCGAACUUGACAAAUUAAAACAAAACUACCAAAAACAAGCACAGAUGAUAUCUUCGCAGGAACUUUUAUUGAUGCAGCAGGCUAAGCAAAUUCAGCAAAUUGAACUGGAACUCCAAGAUCUGAAACUGUCCAUUUCUAAAUCACCUGCCGACUGUCAAGAUGUGCUUGUGUCAGGCAAUUCUCCCAUACCAGACUCUCAGAUUACGGCAUCGUCCAUGUAUGAUUCAAAUCACGGCCCUGCUCACUCUAGAUUAUAUGCCAACAUGGACCAAAAUGUUGUCGGAUCCUGGUCAGCUCGCAUCAAUGACAACAACCAAUGGCUGCAAUUUGACUUUGGACGUGUAAGAAAACUGACAGCCAUUUUGACCAAGGGAAGAAAUCAGUAUGCUCAGUUUGUCAAAACAUACCAAAUUCACUAUGGCAACAACACUUUGUUGAUGAAGGACUACAGAGAUGGAACUGGCUCAGUCAAGAUCUUCCAGGGCAAUAUUGACUUGGACAAUAUUCACGAAAAUGUUUUGAACCCUCCUGUGUAUGCUCGCUACCUGCGAAUUAACCCACUCACUUGGUUCAGGCACAUUUCUAUGAGAGCCGACGUGCUGGGGUGUUAGCAAUUUAAAGACAUGACAUUACUGUUAUAAAUGCGCGUGCUUAUAUAAUACCACUUAGUCUUAAAUUUAUGCUGGAAAUGAGAAAGAUAUAUACAUAAUAUGUAGUGCUAUGCAAUGUUAACACUGACACCUUGCCUUUGCUGGUAAAAUUGCUGUCAGGUCAAUUAAAAUUUGUGAGUAUGUUCUCCUGGUGCUUUGUGUGGGCAAUUAGAAGUAUACAUUGGCCCUGAUAGCUCAAUAGAUAUCAGUCGGCUUAAAAGUUUCUGGCACUUAUAAGCAUUCCAUCAGACAUUAAUUUGUAUUUAUACAAUGAUUAACUGUAAGACUGCAAUGUUAUCAUUUAUAAUUUUUAUUUUAAUUCAUGAAGGAAAAAAAAUGACAAGCUGUGUUAUCCACUAUAAGUAACUAUUAUCAUAAAACUUAAAUAAAUAAUAUAGGUUA